AUGGUCCUCAGAACUACCACCACAGCCUACACCGCCGCCACCUCCACCUCCUUAGAUGACACUGAUGCUGACUACAUCAAGCUUUGCUCUUCCAAUUCUACCGUCAUUCUUCGGCUUCUUGUGAUCAUUUCCACUGGCAUUAUCUCCAUAGGACCAAACUAUGAAGCAUCAAAACGCUUCGGUAUUAUCUUAGUCAACGAUGCCAAAGGAUCUCUAGAAGGCAAACGCUUCACCCUCUGUGCCAACCCCAAUAUCUUGUCUAAAUUUUUUUUUGAUCCUUUGGUUACUAUUGAUAAGAAACCCUCAAUUCUAUCUCUAAAUCCUUCAAAACCAUCCACAGUUAUGUGGAAAAACGUAGCAAACCGAGCCAUUUUGAAAUCCCAAUCAAAGUCUCUCAAUUUCCCUUCAUUUCCGAGAACUUACAGCUUCUUAGGAGCCUCACAAGAACCCAUCUUUUAUGAGAAAUUCAAGUUCUAUUCAGUUAAUAAUUCCAGUCCACUACUGGGUUUUCGCCGGAUUGGCGAAACAUCAACCCAUGAGGAUUAUAUGGGAAAACCCAGUUUUGGUUUUUUGAGAAAUAAUGAUAGUAGUAAUGGGAAUCUGUGUAGUGGAUUUUGUCCAAGAGGGUAUGUGAGUGUAGCUGAGGCAGUGUCGUCAACAGAUGUUGAAGAUAAUGUGUCUGCUGCUGAGGAAGUGGAAGAAUUGUUGCAAGAAAUGAGGAAAGAAGAGGAGAAAGAGAAGGACUUUAGGAGGAGAAGGAGGCUACAUGCUAACCGUGGAAUGACGCGAGAGAAGCGUAAGGCCUUAACGAGAAGGCAAGUGAAGAUUGAAGCUGAAGCGUGGGAACAGGCAACCAAAGAAUAUAAGGAGCUUUUAAUGGAUAUGUGUGAGCAGAAGUUGGCUCCUAAUUUGCCAUAUAUGAAGAGUUUGUUUCUUGGUUGGUUUGAGCCUUUGAGAGAUGCAAUUGCGAAAGAGCAGGAGUCGAUUAGAAUGGGGAAGAGCAGACCGGCUUAUUCUCAGUAUUUUGAUCUGUUGCCAGCUGAUAUGAUGUCUGUUAUUACUAUGCAUAAGCUCACAGCAAUGGUGAUGGUAGGCGGGGAAGGAUGUGCAAGAGUUCUGGCUGCUGCUUGUACGAUUGGUGAUGCAAUUGAGCAGGAGGCAAAUUCGAGUACGCAAUUUCUUGGAGAAAAAAAGAAGAAAAAGGAAAAGGCUGAUGAUAGCAAGAAAGGUGUAGAAGCUGAAUCCCCUGAUGUCAUGAAGGAACAAGAAAAGCUAAGAAAAAAAGUUACUGAUUUGAUUAAAAAACAAAAGCUGCCAGCAGUGAGGAAGAUUGUGAAGGGGCAGGAUGAUUCAAAACCAUGGAGUACAGAUGCUAAGGCUAAGGUUGGCAGCCGUCUAAUUGAAUUGCUGUUACAAACAGCUUAUAUACAGCCUCCUCCUGAUCAGUUGGCUGACAGUCCACCUGAUCUUCGUCCUGCAUUUGUACACACAUCCAGAACUUUGUCAAAUGCAAAUAGGAAGGCCACGAAAAGAUAUGGUGUUAUUCAAUGUGACCCACUGGUCCUCAAAGGCCUUGAGAAAACUUUUCAUAUUUUAUCAUCCUUUAUGACAUUGAACUUGCAUUGGGGUAUGCCAUCUGCUUUCCAAACAGAUAGUUACGAUAAAGGAGCACACUUCUUCUUACCAUCCUAUGUCAUGCGGAUACAUGGUGCAAAACAGCAACGUGAAGCAGUUAAGAUGGCACCUAGGAAGCAGCUACAACCAGUUUUUGAGGCCCUGGAUACGCUAGGAAAUACCAAAUGGAGGGUAAAUAAGAGGGUACUUAGUGUUGUUGAUAGAAUAUGGAAUAAUGGAGGUCGUCUUGCUGAUUUGGUAGACCGCAAUGAUGUUCCUUUACCUGAGAUGCCAGAAACAGAAGAUGAGGCACUGCUUAAGAAGUGGAAGUGGAAACUCAAAGAUGUGAAAAAAGAGAACAGGGAAAGACAUUCACAGCGUUGCGACAUAGAACUUAAACUUACUGUAGCACGGAAGAUGAAAGAUGAAGAAGGUUUCUAUUAUCCACACAAUCUUGACUUCCGUGGGCGUGCCUACCCCAUGCAUCCGUACUUAAACCAUCUUGGCUCAGAUCUGUGCCGGGGGAUUUUGGAAUUUGCAGAGGGACGCCCUCUUGGAAAGUCAGGCUUACACUGGCUGAAGAUACACCUUGCAAAUCUGUUUGCUUGCGGUGUAGACAAGUUAUCUUAUGAGGGACGGAUAACUUUUACUGAGAAUCACCUUGAUGAUAUAAUUGAUUCUGCGGAGAAACCACUUGAAGGAAAGCGUUGGUGGUUGCAUGCAGAAGAUCCAUUUCAGUGUUUGGCUGUGUGCAUUAACCUAACUGAGGCUUUGAAAAGCUCCUCGCCAGAAACAUAUAUUUCGCAUAUUCCCAUUCAUCAGGUAUAUCUUAUUAAUGUCAUUGCACUGUCCUCAUGUGAACUUCUUGUGGACAUUUUUAAGAAGGAUUAUAAAGCAUCCUACUCUGUAGAGCACAGUUUUGCUGAAUUAAUGGGGAAUGGGUUGAGAGAGGCUGCUCUCUUUCUUUUCGCUGGGCUUAUGAUGGUUCCUGCAAUGGCCUACAGCACUAUGCUGCACUUGGAAGAGACAAGCAUGCUUAGUCAUUGGAAUCUUGAGCAGUUGGGAGCAGCUGCUGUUAAUCUCGUUGCUGGAGAGAAGCCUGCAGAUGUCUACUCAGGAAUAGCUGCUAGAGUACUUGAUAUCAUGCGGAGGGAUGCACAGAAAGAUCCAGAAGUUUUUCCUGAUGCAUUGCGUGCAAAAGCAUUGAUUAAUCAGGUGGAUAGAAAAUUGGUGAAGCAGACAGUGAUGACAUCUGUGUAUGGUGUGACUUACAUUGGUGCUAGAGAUCAAAUCAAAAGGAGGUUAAAGGACCGUGGUCUCACAAACGAGUCAGAGAUCUUUGGUUGUUCUUGCUAUGCUGCAAAGGUGACCUUAGCUGCCUUAGGAGAGAUGUUUGAAGCUGCACGAAGUAUCAUGAACUGGCUUGGGGAAUGUGCAAAGAUUAUUGCAUCUGAAAACGAGCCAGUGCGGUGGACAACUCCAAUAGGACUUCCUGUUGUACAACCUUACCGUAAAUUAGGGAGGCAUUCUAUCACAACUUCCCUACAGGUUUUAACUCUACAAAAAGAAACUGACACGGUUAUGGUUAAACGACAGAGAACAGCUUUCCCACCAAAUUUUGUUCAUUCCCUCGAUGGUUCUCAUAUGAUGAUGACUGCAGCUGCCUGCAAAAGGGCAGGCUUAAACUUUGCAGGAGUUCAUGAUUCAUAUUGGACGCAUGCAUGUGAUGUGGAUGAGAUGAACAGGAUACUGAGGGAAAAGUUUGUUGAGCUCUAUGAAACACCUAUAUUGGAGAAUUUGUUGGAGAGCUUUGAGAAGUCCUUUCCUUUGUUGUCUUUUCCGCCUUUGCCUGAGCGGGGAGACUUUGAAAUGAAUGAGGAGAUAUCAAGAGUAUGGGUGCUUAUCACUGCUAGGAUGACAUUGGGUUUCUUUGAUUUUCGAGAAGAUCCAGAGCUUAGUGAUUUUGCGACAUCCCUCGACUCCAGGAAUGCGGAGAGUAUGAGGUCCCAUAGUUAUUAUCUAACACAAAAUGCUGGGUUACAUGUUUCAGCAUUACAACGGAUUGGUACUUAUUGUACCACCAUUGAUCCUUGUCAUCCACACUGA